AUGUCUGAAAUCGGGAAUGCUGGAAAUUAUGGUGGAGCUAGAAUGUCAAUCCACGUUGCAGAAUCAUCUGGAAAUAUUUUGGAUGAAUUGAGAAAUGGUUAUAGGAAUUUGGAAGUGGCCAGGAGACAAAAAUUUGAGGAGCAGAAUCCAAUCAGAUUCUGUACUCAUCAGGAACUCAAUGAAAUUUAUCAAAUGGAUAUUGAUUUGAUUUUUGAAUCUAUAAUUCCGAUUUUUCAAAGGAGAACCCGAAAUUUCGAAAUGGAACAGGAGAAAAUGUUGGCUGAAAAUUUUAUACUUCCAUUUUUACAAUUGGAAACAACGUUUAGGUCGAUGGGAUCCACUUCAUAUUGCCUUCCAAACAAUGCAAUUUUCGAUACAAAUCAUUUGGAUAAACUAUAUAUGGAUCAAAAUACACUAGAAAUCGUCCAACCAUACUGGAAUUCUUCCAAUCGAAAUUUAAAAAUGCCGAUGGACCUUGCAAAAUUGGAUGAACCAGAAAUGAUCCUUUGCAGUGCUCUAAUCUAUUGGGAUUUUGGAAUCAAUGGACAAACGGAUUACUGUAUUAAAAGAUGUGUGAAAAUGAGAAAUCUGGUGAUUCGAGAAUUGGCAAAUUACGAGAAAUUAAAAAUAGGAGAGGAUAAUUGCCAAUUGAGGAUAAUGGAAGUUAUGGGGAUAAUUCAAGGAGUUCAUCGGGCAUCAGAUGCUGUCAAAAAGUGUGGACACGUGGCAAAGAUUUUUAAUUUGAAGGGGAAGGAAUGUCCGUUGUAUGAGAUUUUGGAUAACUGA